AUGGCGAAACGUCUAAUCACAGAGGCUGUAAUAGAAUACGAUGAAGUUCUCAUAUAUGUAAAGGAACUUGAAAAACGACAAUGGCUAUCCGAUAUACUCGAUAGCGAUAAUGCAAUCGUUGAAACUCUAGAUGCGCAUUUCGAAGAUGUAGAAUUCCUACAGCAUUGUCUAACUACCACUUAUUUCUCCUAUAACGACCAAUUCUACGAACAGACAUCCGGGGCGGCCAUGGGUUCACCCAUUUCCCCCGUAGUAGCAAACAUCUUCAUGGAACACUUCGAAGAAGAGGCCCUCCGAAAGGCGACCAGCAAGCCAGAAAUUUGGUACCGAUAUGUAGACGAUACAUUCGUAAUCUGGAGACACGGAAAAGAUGAACUCGACAAGUUCUUAAACUUUCUCAAUAACCAACAUACUAACAUCCGAUUCACUACGGAAAUAGAAGAGAACGGUAUGCUUCCCUUCUUGGACGUACUCGUCACAAAGAAGACGGACAACACACUGGGUCAUCAGGUAUACAGGAAGCCAACACACACGGACAGAUACUUACAUGCCGAGUCACAUCACAUCACCAUCCAGCCCAAAAACAGUCGGCGAUACACUCACUCGUACACAGAGCUUUCAGCAUCUCUGACAAGGAACAUCUACAAACAGAACUCAACUAUUUGA